AUGCUCGUUACCAGGCAGUUCGAUACCACUGAGCAGAGCCACUGGUCUUACAGCAAGUUUGAGAACCCCAUUCACAAGCCCGGGCCCGCCACACCUCCACGCAUGUCGAACCAGUUCGAAGCCCCGUUGCCCACGCCUCCCGAGUGGCAGGGCCAGCAGUACUCAUACCUGCCAACCCCGGAGAACAACAACGUCUUCUCGCAGGCCUACGAGACCGGCAAUGACUCCUCAGAACCUCGCACUUCGGCCGGCGCAAACACUCAAAUAGAGAUCACAACAAAGUCAGAGUCAACCGCAGACAGCCGCGGACCCGUGGACCCCCUUGGCCUUCGGCAGGUCAAGCAGCCCACCCCGGAAGACGAGCCUGAACUUCAGCAGCACACGCUCAAGCAGGAGCAACGACACAACAGUGUAGAGAAGAUGGCCGACGCCGCACCCCAGGAGACCAUGGCCUCGACGGAAACGCAGAGCGUAACGAUGGCUUCAGCCCCUUCGUCGACGGCAGGCGAUGUUCCCACGGUCCAAAUCGAGAAUGAUGAGGGCUCCUUGAGCAAGGAUGAGGACGACGACCUUGAUGACGAUGACAUGCUUGACGACGGAGAUGGAACUCCCCAGACUGCCGCUGAGCGGACAGCCGCCCGCAGGAAGAUGAAGCGCUUCCGUCUUACACACCAGCAAACGCGAUUCCUCAUGAGCGAGUUCGCCAAGCAACCUCACCCUGAUGCCGCCCACAGAGAACGCCUGUCUAGGGAAAUCCCCGGACUCAGCCCUCGCCAGGUUCAAGUCUGGUUCCAGAACCGCCGUGCCAAGAUCAAGCGUCUCACAGCCGACGACCGUGACCGCAUGAUCAAGAUGCGCGCCGUCCCUGACGACUUUGACAAUGUCCAGGCCCUCCACUCCCCCUACGGCGCCGUCCACGGCCUCGGCACUCCCCUCGCCUCGCCCAUGGGCUUCGGCACCCAAGCCUACGCCGACCACAUGAUCCGACCCUUGAUGGUGGACGUAAGGAGGGCAGAGGGCGGUGAGGACCACAUCUCGUCCUCAUCAAUGAGCCCAGGCUUCGGAGGCAUGUCCUACACCCCGCCCGGCGCCAUGAGCAGCCCCGACAUCCUCUCCCCCAUGACCCCCAACUCGACUGGCGACCACCGCUACGGCUACGGCAGCCACCUCUCCCCUAUGGGCCCCGGCCCCCGCACGUCGAACCCCUUUGCUCGCCAGGGCGCCAUGGAGAACUCGAUGUCGAUGCACAGAGGCCAGCCCGCCCGCCCCCUCCAGCCCCUCCAGCUGCGCGAGACCAUGAACAGGUCGAGGUCCGAGAACCUCAACUCCCCUCUGCGAUCCAGCAUGUCAUGGAAGGGUGACUCGAUCGACUACAACUCCUACCACCACGGUGCCACCCCCAGCCCCCAGCUCAGCGGAAGACAACAGUCCGUCUACCAGCCAGACCAGAUGAGUGGCUCAUCAAGCAGCGGUCUCUCCUACGAGUCCGGCUCGUACUCUGGAAGCCAGGUUCACUCCCCGCCAGGUAUGAACUACUCAAACUUCCAGUCCCAGCCCAACCGCCUGCGCGCCCGCGCCUCCUCCGGCACCGUCCCCCUCGGCCUCGACCUGCGCAACCAGUACCGCUCCGUCAACUCCGUCCCUCCCCCAGGACACGCUUCCACCCCGCGUGCCACAUCCGCCCAGUUCGCCACAUCAGGCCCUUACACCUCCUCCUUCCCCUCGGCGCCCCUUACCGCCCCCGUCGACUUCUCCCUCCCCCGCACACCCGGCCACCGACCCGGCGGUGUCCAGGACUACUCCAUGCCUCAGAUGUCGGCCCCCAUCGCCGCCCCCAACGACUUCUCCCAGGCCUUCCACGCCAGCAUGACGACCUCCAACGCGCGCACCCCCAUGCGCGACUCCUUUGGCGGCGCCGGCGGCCCCAUGCCUCCUCACGCAGGCGAGCACCACCAGCAGAGGGAAGAGCACGGCCAGGACUUUGGACUCAAGAGGAAACGCAGCUUCAGCGGUGCCUCUGCCGGCCCUGCGCCACCUCAGGCAUACGGCAGCACGGCCUAA